AUGUCUUUUCUGAUCCGGAUGCCUUCUGAACUGUGUACCCAUCUACUUGGCGGCCUCUCUCAUUGUCCAAUGCUCAGUAGCUCUGCAGCAGUGUACUGAGUAUGUGCAGUGACUGCCACCUUUCACCUGCUAGGCGUGCUGCUGGUCCACAUCCACUCCCCUACCAGCCUGCAGGCACAGCUAUUAAUCCUUCAGGGACAGGAUCACACUCUGUGCCUGCCUGGACUAAGUAAAAUGGAAUCCCAAACACCAGAUACAUUUCUGGCAGUGCUAAGUGCUGGCUUCAUGUAUGCUUGUGUGCUUUUUGCUUGGUCAAUGAAUGAAACUUCCUACCUGGCUGGAUUAUUUGGGAUGUGGAUCAUCAAUGUUUACAGCUAUGAGUUCCAGAAGACCACACUCCUUUUUUGCUGCCCACAAACUGUGGAAGGUGACCCUCCCCUCACUCCAGGACACAGGGCUGGGGCUGCUGAGCCAGCUGACCAAGAGACCUCUCCAGCUCCUCUACGGCAAGCCCAGAAUCUUUCCUACAGCUACUCUACAUUCUACUUUGUCUUCUUCCUUGCCUUACUAUAUGUCAUGGUUACCAUUACCAACUGGUUCAGCUAUGAGGGAGCAGAACUGGAGACGACUUUCACCAGGGGUAGCUGGGCUACCUUCUGGGUCAAGGUUACAUCAUGCUGGGUCUAUGCACUGCUCUAUCUGGGGCUGCUCCUCGAACCAUUCUUUCGGCCAUCCAGAACCCUAUCUUCAGUCGACAUUGCAUCAAUAUUGCCAGAUAACAAAUACCCACUCCAGGCCCCCAACCUCAUUGCUGUGAUGAUGGCCAAGGUCUUGGGUGAGGCACAAAAAUCAGAAAGAAAUCCCUAUGGUUCUUAA